AUGGUUUCUCGUUUGUUUCUCGUAUGUGUGAUGCUCAUUGCUUGUAUGAUGAGUAGUGCAACACUCUGUGUGGCAGCUCGCGGUCUCCUUGGAGGACCCAUGAUUCCUACCGUAUUACCCACACUUCCUGCCAUUCCAUCAGUUCUGCCCAAACUUCCAGAGCUUCCAUCGGCUCUGCCUAAACUUCCAUUGGUUCCUGGCGUACCCCAACUUCCCAAGCCUACAAUGCCUAAACUCUCAAAGCCAAAGCGUAACUUACUUCAGCUUCCUACUCUCCCAUUGCCUACAGUACCCCAGCUUCCACUAGUACCCCAACUUCCAGUUCCUCUACCCACAGGCCCCCAAGUUCCAGGGGUUCCUGCAGUCCCCCAACUUCCUGCAGUCCCCCAACUUCCAGGGAUUCCUAAACUACCAGUGCCCGAAGUUCCUGGGAUCCCUAAACUACCAGUGCCCGAAGUUCCAGGGAUUCCUAAACUGCCGGUUCCCGGAGUUCCAGGGAUUCCUUCAAUUCCCUAA